AUGUAAAAACCAUAAAUGAUAGAAAAUCAAAAGGAUUUUUGUUGCUCUAAAGGACAAAAGCUACCAGUCGUUACCAUAACACUUGAUCCAAAAUUCUCAAGGAAUUAAAGACUAUUGUGCAAAUAAUGUUAAGAAAAUACAGACAUAGAUGGCAAAGCAAUUGGAUUAAAGAAAAUGAUUUCAUUAAUUGAAGAAAAUUAAGUAAAGAAGAUGGAAAAAGUGGAAAAUAUCAUAUAUAAUGAAGUAAAUUAAAUAAAUUGAAUCAUUACAUAAUAUUGUUGAUCAAAUGAAAACACAUCUAUGGUAAUAAUUAGAAUAAUUGAUUAAUAUAGUUAUUGGAUGGAUUCAGAAUAUAACAAAGAUCAAUAUGUUCUCAAAAUAGUUUUUUUGAGGAAUUAGAAAUUAUGGUUUUGAAGUCAAAUUAAACUGGUUCCAAAAUUCAUGUAUCCAAGAGAUUUAGAAAACUAAUCUCUGUUGGACUUCAAAGUUGAAUCCUAAAUUAGAAUAAUUUAAUUAAUUUUUGGCGCAUAUAAUUAAUGUUAGUAACUGUUUUUUGAUUUAGAAUUAGGUUCUCAGAAAUAUACAGAAAAGUAUUAAUAAUAAUAAAUCAAGAAAAAAAAUAUGAUUUAAUCUAUUAAUCAGUCGAAUGUCAAAACUUUCAAUUAUUAACUAGUCCAAGAAUGUUCAAUAUCAUAAAGCGGUUGGUGUAGUGCAAUACCUAUUGAUAAAGAUUGUUCAACCUUGUUGGCUGGAUGUGAGUCACUAAUUCAAGUAUUUGAAUUCAACUAAGGAAUGAUCAAACAAAUUUAAUAUAAAUAAAUAAUUGUUAUAAUAUUAUGUUAUAACAGUAAAAGUAUAAAAAACCUUAAUAACUCUUAUAUGGUAUUCAAAGAUAUUUAUAGAACUAUUGGUUCAUUUAAUCUUCCUAUCAGGGUUCAAUUUUUUCUUUCGUAUGCUCUAUAUUUUCCAUUAUAAUUAAAAAUGUUAUAGAUUCUUCCCUUUUAAAAAUACCUGAUGUUUAGAUAUUUAUUAGUUAAGUAAUUUUAAUGA